AGGCCAGCACAAAGCUCGAGAAGAUCUAAGUAAACAAAGAAAAAAUAUAUAUAAAUAGAGCGAUUGCCAUGCAAGCACAAUACCAAAUGCCACUUUCCACAUCUCCACAACAACCGAAAGGAGUCAAUUUAUUGCAAUUGCACGCACUGCAUUGGCUAUACGCACAUGCGCAGCAAAAUAUGACCGCCAAUUGCCACGUAGCCGGAGCUCCGUCGUUUAAUUAUGCCCAGCCAAAUAUGAAUUAUUUCGCGCCACCGCACAACGGCCUGGCCCAGCUGCCGUAUUUGAAUUUCAAUCCGCAGGGCGCCAUUGGCGGCAUUAGGCAGCUGUAUAAUCAUGCGCAGAGCGCCAGCCAAAAUGUUGCCCAACCCUGCGUUCAUAUCCAGCAGCCGCCCAGCAUGAGCUUUAGCCCUGGUCAGCCCCAUCUCUACCAGAGCUGUGCCAUUCAAACGGCAUAUGGCUAUGCGCCGUAUAAUAUGGCCUACAUGCCGCUGCCACCUCCGCCGCCCCUUCUGGCACAGCAGCCUGUGGUGUACGUUGGCGGAGCCCAGGGCAUGCAUACCUUGUGCAACAAGCCCAGCACGGCUAACUGCAGCGUGCCCGUGGUGCAGCCGAAAGGCAAGCAUGUCUAUGUGAAUGGAGCACUCUAUAAUACGGAGUUGCUGGAACCGCCAUUGGAUAGUUUCAAUUCGGCUGGAGAUCCGGAUUAUCCGGCAAAUCCGCUAUUGCAAAAUGUGUCCGUCGAUGAGGACACCGUCGACACCGAGGAUGGUUACGAUCCGUUGGACGACGCCAUGCCAUCGACAUAUGGUAUACGAUUCUACAAUCCGAAUUAUGGGCCCGAGGGCGCCAUACCGCCGCGAUUCCAGAGGCAGAUGUACAAUCGGAAUGCCAAUAUAAAUGCUUGGCUCUCGUCGAAGCAGCCGGAGGGCGGCGUGCCGCGAUUUCGGGAGCCAUGCCCAAUGUUUCAUGGCCCAAACGAGAAUCCAAUGGGCCGCAACAAUAGGGGCAAACAGGAGGCGGGCCAGGAGCUGAAGGAUGCCGACACAGCGGCUGCUCAACAUUAUAUCGCCUCCAUGUCGCCAAAUUCGAAGGCCAAACGCCGUCAGGGACGCAGUCGUCCACGGGGCUUCACACAAUCAUUUGGGAUCGUUGCGCCCAUCAAUCAUAACAAUUAUACGGCCAAGGAUAAUAUGGUGGCAGCCAAAAAUGUUUUAUCCUUAUUCGAUAAGAAGCCGUCGCCCACCAGAAAAUGGGAUGACCUUGAUCCGGACAAAGGCAACAUCAAUGUGGACUGGCCGCAGCCCAACGAUGUCAAUAAAACGGGACCAAACAAUAAAUCCCAAGCUAAACGUAACAUUUAUUCAAAGGAACCAACUGAUCAUUACCUCAACUAAUCUCUGGUCUCAUAAUUUAAGACAUCAGCAUAUCAUAUUUAAACAUAUUCUAUAACUUGGCAGUUAAAAACUGCGCACUCUUUGCAAUAAACAAAAAAGGGGCAGCCCCUUUUACACUUAAAAAAAGAUAUACAAUCGCAAACAAUUCGAUUUAAAGCUUUAAGUCGUAAGAUACCCGAAUACCUUAUAUCUUAUAGACAUUAGACCUUAAAUUUGAAAAUAUAUACUUGCACCAGCGA